UCCAUAGAAUUCCUGAACUUCUUACUGCAAGAGAGCACAAGCACCUCAUGAGGGAUCAUAGCUGGGUGGACGCCGGGCUUCACGGGUCCCAUUGCAACAACAGGAAAUCAGGGUUCGGCGCAGGCUGGAGUCGACCAGCAGCACCUGACAUUUCCGGUUCGGACGGACUUCGUCAGGAUGACGAGCUCCGCGGCGACUGGUGCCCGGCAAUGCUGUCGAUCGGGACGUUCGGGGCAGUCGAUGGCCGCAGGGGCGAGCUGCAGAGGAUGCAGGCGGAGCUCACAUUGCUCAUGAGCGCCAAGGCCAUGGCCACAGCAGCGGCGGAGGGAGAGGACGACAAGAGGCGUCACCGGACGCCCAAGAGGUCCCCCUGUGGAGGGAUGGUCAAGCACAGGUCCUUCAGGAAGUUCUUGUCAGCUGCCUUCAGCAACUUCCUGCCCAAACCAAUCUUCAGGGGAACAACACCUGGACCGACACCCGCUCAGAUACCCUGGCCAUCACCCCAUGACGACAUACCCAGCGAUAACUGGGCGAUGUCAGAGGCGACGAUCAAGAGCUACCGAACGGCGCAUUUGCCUUGGAGAGGCAAAGCGAUGGGUGAGGAACAUGGGAGCAAAUGGAUCAGAACAGAUUCAGAGUAUAUCGUGCUGGAGAUCUGAACUCACAAGAUGGCGGCGACUAGGAGGAGGGGGGCCGGCUCCUGAUACAGUUUUCUUUGGGUACAUGUACAUGCCUGUAUCCAAAUUGUUUUGUCAGCUGUAACACUACGUUUUUGUGUCCUCUACCGUUAUGUAAGUGGGCAUUCGAGUAGUUUUACAGUUGACUUGGUGAUAGGUUAUCUUAGAGACUAACACCAAUGCCCUUGGUAGCAUCUGGUGCAAGCAAAACUGAUAUAUGAACAUGCUUUCUCCUCAACCAUCAAAUGUACAUCUGGUCAUUCAAGUAUACAAUAGAAUUUGAUUAA